CAUAUAAAAUGAGUUCUGGUAGUGAUUGUGAAGACGAAUAUAUGUAUGAAGACGAUUCUGAUUUUGUGGAAUCCAUGAGUGAAAGUGAAGCUUAUGAUCACGAUGAAGAAGACGAACUAUUUACAGAGAAACAACAAAAGAAGGCUUAUGAAGUAGACUAUCAAGUACUUGAUUCUUCUAAUCUCAAGACGAAACAAGAUGCAGAAAUAUCACAAGUAUCCAUGAUUCUAGGUCUUUCGUCUGAGGAUGCUGCUACCUUACUGCGCUUUUUUCGUUGGAAUAAGGAGAAGCUAUUUGAACAAUAUAUGGAUUCAUCUGAGAAAGUAUUGAAACAGGCUGGUGUUUCAUCCGCUACAAACCCUAAUCGAUCAUGUCAACUAGCUGCCGAGUUGGAUAAUUUUAUGUGUGAUAUAUGUUGCGAUGAUUCUCCUGAUAUUGAAACCGUUUGCUUAUCCUGUGAGCACAGGUUCUGCAGAAAUUGUUAUACGCAUUAUCUUUACCAAAAGAUCAGAGAAGAAGGAGAGAGCAGAAGAAUACAAUGUCCAGAGAGUGAUUGUACGUUGAUUGUGGAUGAGAAGACAGUCGAAAUGCUCGUCAGUGAUGACAUUUUUUUCAAAUACCGUGAACUACUAAACAGAACUUUUGUGGAUGAUAACGACUUUUUAAGAUGGUGCCCCGCGCCCGAUUGUCAGUACGCCAUCGAAUGCAAUAUUCCGAGUACUUCGCUCAUGUCGGUCGUACCUACUGUCGAAUGCAAAUGUUCACACCGUUUCUGCUUUGGAUGUGGGUUAAGUGACCAUCAACCCUGUAUCUGUAUAAUCGUCAAGAAAUGGUUAAAAAAGUGUGAGGAUGACUCGGAAACAGCCAACUGGAUCUCUGCCAAUACGAAAGAAUGCCCCAAGUGUCACUCGACUAUCGAAAAGAAUGGUGGUUGCAACCAUAUGACUUGCAGAAAAUGCAGAUAUGAGUUCUGCUGGGUUUGUAUGGGCCCUUGGAAGGAACAUGGCACCUCUUGGUACACAUGCAAUAGAUUCGAUGAAAGGAGUAGUGCAGAAGCAAGAGAUAAUCAGACGCAAUCAAGAAUCAGUUUACAAAGAUACCUUCAUUAUUAUAAUCGUUAUGCAAAUCAUGAACACUCUGCCAAAUUAGAUCAAGAGCUAUAUCGAAAAACAGAAAGAAAAAUGGAAGAGAUGCAGCAGACAAGCGAUCUUUCAUGGAUUGAAGUACAGUUCCUUAAAAAGGCCGUAGAUGUCACUGUACAGUGCAGAACUACAUUAAAAUGGACCUAUGCAUUCGCCUUUUAUCUUGCAAGAACAAACCAAACAGAAUUAUUUGAGGAUAACCAAAGAGACUUGGAAUUGGCAACUGAACAGUUGAGUGAGUUACUGGAGAAACCACUAGACCCAGACCCAGAAAAGAUUGCCAGAUUGAGACAAGCAGUGUUGGAUAAAACGGUCUAUGUCAAGUUAAGAAGAGAAAUACUAUUAGAGGACACAGCUAAAGGCUUGCAAGAGGGAAGAUGGACUUACUGCAUUGAUCUUAAAUAAAAGGGUUUUUUCUUCGAAUUAUCUGCAUUGUAUACCGAUUUUAUUGAUUUCAUUAUGUUAAAUAAACAUUUUCUUUUAUUAAAUGAUCCCUCCCUUAGUGAAUAUUUCACAAGAUUCACUCUUUUAGUGUAGAACUCAUCACUAUUUUUUUUUUUUUAAAGCAAGCUGGAUGUUGCUUGUUCGUCCAUA